UGAAUUGAGAGAGUUACAGUGUGAGGAGGCCUUGGCCAUGCAGCCCCAGGCUCUUCCCAAGUGAAAGCUGCCUGUGUCCCUCCUCUCCAGUCUGGCCUGACCUGGAUCCCACCUUCUCUGAGGUCGGGAUCAGCUGCCUUGGACCCUGAGUGUGUAAUUCCUCACACUUGCUUGUGACUCUGUGCUCAGGCAGAAGAUGCAGGAAGAGGCUCCUGAGAGGAGAAGACGACAGGGCCUACUUGAGAAAGGUGCUGUGAGAUCCCCAGGAAGGAUGUCUGGACUCCCCAGAAGGCAGGAAAUGAACUCAGUGGCCUUUGAGGAUGUGGCUGUGAACUUCACCAAGGAAGAGUGGGCUUUGCUGGAUCCUUCCCAGAAGAAUUUCUACAGAGAUGUGAUGCAGGAAGUCCUUAGAAAUCUGGCUUCUCUAGGUGACAGAUGGGAGUUCCAGAACAUUGAAGAUCAGAACACAAUUGCCAAGAGAGAUGUAAGGCCCAUUAUAUCUCAUUCUGCAAACAAAGCAUAUGAGAAUAAGGAGAGUGGAGGGAAGACAUAUGAACUUAAACAGAACAGAAAAACCUUCAUUCCUCUCACGAGUGUUCCAAGACAUGUGUCAGAGCACACUGUAAAUGGACCUUAUGGAUGUUUGACAUGGGGAAGAGAGUUGAGUUCCAGUUUUCAAGAAUAUGGAGGAUCUCAUACUGGGGAGAAUCCAUGUGAAUGUAAGGAACUUGGGAAAGGCUUCUCUGGUUCAAGUUACUUUCAAAUAGAUGUACAAACUCAUACUGGAGAGACAGCUAACAGAUGGAAACCUUGUAAGAAAGACUUCAUUAGUUCUGCUAACCUUCACUUAUAUGAACAAACUCAUACAGGAAAGAAACCCUAUCAAUGUAAACAAUGUGGGAAAGCCUACACUACUUCCUAUUACCUUCAAAUACAUAAACGAACUCAUACUGGAGAGAAGCCCUAUGAAUGUAAACAAUGUGGAAAGGCCUUCUGUAGUUCCUCUUACCUUCAUAUACAUGAAGGAUCACAUACUGGAGAGAAGCCCUGUAAGUGUAAGCAAUGUGGAAAAGCCUUCACUGCUUCCUUUUACCUUCAAAUACAUGAACGAACUCAUACUGGAGAGAAACCCUGUGAAAGUGAACAAUGUGGGAAAGCCUUUGCUUCAGCCAGGGAACUUUACUCACACAAAAGACCUCAUACACGAAAGAAACCCUAUGAAUGUAAGCAAUGUGGGAAAGCCUUCAUUCGUUCCUGUCACCUUCAAAUACGUAAACGAACUCAUACUGGAGAGAAGCCCUAUGAAUGUAAACAGUGUGGGAAAGCCUACACUACUUCAUCUAACCUUCAAAAACAUAAUCGAAGCCAUACUGGCGAGAAGCCCUAUGAAUGUAAACAAUGUGGAAAAGCAUUCACUGCUUCCUAUUCCCUUCAAAUACAUAAACGAACUCAUACUGGAGAGAAGCCCUAUGAAUGUAAACAAUGUGGAAAAGCCUUCACUACUUCAUCCAGACUUCGAAUACAUAGUCAAAGUCACACUGGAGAGAAGCCCCAUGAAUGUAAACAAUGUGGAAAGGCCUUCUGUAGUUCCUCUUACCUUCAUAUACAUGAACGAUCACAUACUGGAGAGAAGCCCCAUGAAUGUAAACAAUGUGGAAAGGCCUUCUGUAGUUCCUCUUACCUUCAUAUACAUGAGCGAUCACAUACUGGAGAGAAGCCUUAUAAAUGUAAUGAAUGUGGAAAAGCCUUCACUGCUUCCUUUUACCUUCAAAUACAUAAACGAACUCAUACUGGAGAGAAGCCCUACGAAUGUAAACAAUGUGGGAAAGCCUUUGCUUCAGCCAAGGAUCUUUACUCACACAAAAGUUCUCAUACAGGAAAGAAACCCUAUGAAUGUAAACAAUGUGGGAAAGCCUUCAUUCGUUCCUGUCACCUUCAAAUACAUAAACGAACUCAUACUGGAGAGAAACCCUAUGAAUGUAAACAGUGUGGGAAAGCCUUUACUAUGUCUUCUAACCUUAAAAUACAUAAACGAACUCAUACAGGAGAGAAGCCCUAUGAAUGUAAACAGUGUGGAAAAGCCUUCACUACUUCAUCCAGCCUUCAAAUACAUAAUCGAACUCACACUGGAGAGAAGCCCUAUGAAUGUAAGCAGUGUGGAAAAGCAUUCACUGCUUCCUAUUACCUUAAAAUACAUAAACGAACUCAUACUGGAGAGAAGCCCUAUGAAUGUAAACAGUGUGGAAAAGCCUUCACUACUUCAUCCGGACUUCGAAAACAUAAUCGAAAUCACACUGGAGAGAAGCCCUAUGAAUGUAGACAAUGUGGAAAGUCCUACUGUAGUUCCUCUAAGCUUCAUAUACAUGAACGAACUCACAGUGGAGAGAAGCCCUAUAAAUGUAAGCAAUGUGGGAAAGCCUUCACUCAGUCCAGUUACCUUAAAAUACAUGAACAAACUCAUACUGGAAAGAAACCCUAUGAAUGUAAACAAUGUGGAAAAGCCUACACUACUUCAUCUAACCUUCAAAUACAUAAUCGAAGCCAUACUGGCGAGAAGCCCUAUGAAUGUAAACAAUGUGGAAAAGCAUUCACUGCUUCCUAUUCCCUUCAAAAACAUAAACGAACUCAUACUGGAGAGAAGCCCUAUGAAAGUAAGCAGUGUGAUUAAGCAUUCACUCAGUUCAGUCUCUUUCAAAUCCAUAAAUGAACUCCUACUGGAGAGAACCUCUGUGACUGUAAACAAAUUGGGAAAGCUGUCACUGUUUCCUCUAACCUUGAAAUACAUAAAUAAACUAGAGAGAAGCUCUG